GACGUAAGUUCUCUUUUAGUCGAUGCAAAAAUGCGGCCGGAACUUUUAUACGUCUCAGGCAGGCGCCUGCCGGACAGUUGAUUCAGCUGCACCGGGAAACGUGCAUGGACGACAUUGAGGUCUUCUGAGAGGGGCAAUCAUGUAUAGAAGAUUGUUAAUAAAUAUUUAUCAGGUUCGAAAUGGAUUAAUUCAUACGCAGAAUACACGAUUACCUUCCACAAAGUGUAAAGAGAGGGAGAGUUUUGCUCCUGUUUUCUGGGCCGCAUGUACAGCAAGGCCAUUAGGAACCAGUAGCAUCUCUUUUAGUGAAAAUAAAGAGAGCUCCACAUCCCUGUCAGAAGACAAAGAAAAGAGACCAGAAGAGAAUGAGGCGAAAGCAGAGGUUAAUGCUGAUGGGCAGAAGAGCACCGAAAUUAAUGAGUGCACCGAAAUUUCAAAUGCGACAUCAACGUCACAGUUAGAGACCGAACCAGUGGUUAAACCCGAGGACAGCAAGCAGAUUGAAAAGUCAAGAGGUGGCAAGGAGAGUCUUUUGGAGCUACUUGGGGCAAUGAAGGUGGAGGUCACAACCGUACGCAAAAAAAGACCCUCAAAGACUCCACGAAUGAGUGAGAGGCCUGACCAAGAGCCAAUGGAAAGCGCACACAGCAUGUUCCAGCAUGCAACAGCUGAAGGUUCACAACAGCAUGGGACGUUGAAUCCAGCGCUGGUUGCUGCAGUCUCUGCCGCUGCAUCCACACUGCCAGACAGACAUCAGGCCGAGUCAGAGCUUCUUAAGCAGCUGAGGAAACAUGAAGCCGUACCUGACCCCCAGAGGAGAGCAGACGGACAGAACAUAGGACACAUAAUUGCAGAUAUGAAAGUCGGAAGGAGGCCAAACGGCAGAUCAAAAACCAGACCGAGCAGUCAGAUUCGUUUUGACGAUGACGGAAAGGGAUAUACUGAAGACAGAGGCAUUACCGGUGAACUUGAUGCAGUCCGCAGAAGGAAGAGUCCCUUCACCGGUAAGAGGUUGAACAUCUUUACUGCAGGCAUGGAGCAAGACACACUGUCAGAUCUGGGCCCUACUCUUUGGGACAUUGAUCUAGCUAAUCAAAUUGUCCAGGCAACAAUUCAAAUGCCUCGGAAUGGCUUUGAGGAGAUGAUCCAGUGGACCAAAGAGGGCAAACUUUGGCAAUAUCCAAUCAACAAUGAGGCUGGCCUGGAGGAGGAGGCGAGUGUGCCCUUCCAUGAGCAUGUGUUCCUGGAGAAGCACCUUGAAUCAUUCCCCCGGCAGGGUCCAGUCAGGCACUUCAUGGAGCUUGUAAUCACAGGCCUCGCAAAGAAUCACCACCUCACGGUCCGACAGAAAAAAGAACAUAUUGACUGGUUCAGAGACUACUUCCGACAGAAAGAUGAUGUCCUGAAAGAGGCCGAGGCAUAAGGAUCGGACAAAGACAGAAGAUGCUUUCGGUUUCAACUGUCCUGGAAGCCCUACAACCAGUUAGUUAAGAUCGUAACUGUGGUGAUAAUUAGCUAAACUUCAUUAAGCAACUGGAAGUAAUAAUUGCAUCCAUUACCAUAUUAAGAGACUUAAUCAUUGUUGUUGUUUCUUAAUGGUCAGCUGCGCUGUAGUAAUAUUCAACCUGCUGCAAAUUUUCUGAUUUUUGUGUUAUGUACUAAAACAUUAUAACUGUUUUUCAAUAGUCUGGAUGUUGUGUAUGCUGCUCAUAAUUCAGUUUAUGUUGCUUUUUUCACAAUACAUGUUCCAAAGUAGCAUAAAGAAUUAAAGAAUAACUCCAACUUGCAAUUGCUAUAAAUUUAUCCACAUACAGUAAACUCAUAUAAAGUGACGCAACUCUCAACUGCUUGAUUGUUUUUUUUAUCACCAGCUCCAAACUGCUAGGCAUUAAGGUAUUAUAAACAAUGUUAUAAACAAUGUUAUCUGUAAAGAUGCUUCGUAAUAGUGUGUAUUACGAAAAGCACUAUACAAAUAAAAUUUGACAGGGUUCCCACUCUUUUAAACACCAGAAUUUUAGGAUAUCAAGGUCUUACUCAGCAUAUGUGGCAUCAUGAAAGCCUCAACUAAUGUGUGAUUACAAUGUGUCGAGAUGUUCAGGCCACCAGUAAGUUAUUAGCUUUAAAAAUAUCCAUCUUUGACCAAAGGCAGGGGUGCCCAAACUUGUUCCUUGAGAUCUACCUUCCUGCAAAGUUCAGCUCCACCCCUAAUCAAACACCUUCACUAGAUAAAUAAAAUCUUUAAAACACUUGGUUAUUACAUAUGGGCAUGUUGAAGCAGGGUUGGCACUGAACUCAACAGGAAAGUAGUUCUCUAGGAACUGGAUUGGGCACCUAUGUAUUAGCCAAAAAACAUUAAGUUUUAACAUUGCUGCAGUAAAUUCAAUAUCGGACUGCUGGAUGACAGAAAUACAUAGUUUGGAAAGAAUUCAGCAUUGAACUGCUGAGAUACCACUGCUAAAAUCAAAAGUAAGGUUACAAAUGAGUCAGAAUUUUUGAUAGGUUUUGUGACUGACUGAGCAUUCAGUAGUCUACUCUCUCAGAAUCAAUGUAUGCGAAAUUUAGGUACAUUCAAAGUGCAAGCAACCGUGUUGAGUCAAAUGUGCAAACAUGACAAUAAGCAGUAUAGUAUUUGAUUUCACACAUCCGAAGACAUCUGACAAUUCCAGUUUUAUUCAAAGUGUCUGAUUACAAAGAAUGUAAAUGUGUUCUAUGAGCUACACAAACAAAACUUUUCAGGGAAACCAUUUAUCAACACAUGGAGCUCAACCAAACAAACUCAGUUCGUUUCAUCAAAUGAAAGCUACUCAUCAUACAGCAUUCUACAAGUAUCAUUUCACAUGAUGCAAGUCUUUUAACAGUCACUUUCAAAAAAGCAACUAUUCAGACACUGAUGUAUAAACAUAAACAUGUUGAAAAAGAGUUCUAACCAAAAGCUAAAAAUCAUAUUUUUCACAAAAUUCUGGCAAACAGAGAGCUUUUGUACAGGUUAAAGGUAUAUACAAAAAUGUGACUCUAAUCUCCGUUUUUGAAACUCUAAAAAGACGAAUGCACAGAAUUCGAGACUUUAUCUCUAAAGCACACCAAAGAAAAAAAAAAAAGAAAAAUAAA